AUGAAGCCCCAAAAAGCCACAAUAACCACCAAAACGCAUCAUUUUUUCUUGUUUCGACAUUGCGUUCGAUCGACGCGGCUUCAUGUGAAAUUGCGCGAUGAACACAAUAGUUCGAACAAUGUGAACGAUUACCUUUCGACAACUACUACUACUACUAGCGUCCCAGAUUGGGGUGUGCCGGAAAAAUGGUGUACCGAAAGUGCCAUUACCAUGGUGGAGAACAUGGGCCGUUGGCUGGCCACGCAAGGGUUGCUCAAGAACACUGUCGCACAGCGUGUCCAAUUCCAAGUCAUUGCCGACAGUUCCACUCAACGAACGGUGGAUACGGCGUGGGCGCUCAUGAAGGGGUUGGCGGAUGGAUUUCAAAGUCGCAAUGACAAUAAUGAUGUCAAUGGCAAUGGCAAUGCCACAACACCGGAGACUAGUACCGGUAGAAUCAUUGUGGAAGGAUUGGGACACGUCUUUUACGACCCAUGGUUGUUUGAACCAUACAAAAAGGAUCCAUUCUUCUUUCCCAAGGAGGAGCCACCACCACCAAACGACACUCCCAACCAGAAGGAGAAGAAAGAUGAUAGCCAGCAACCAGGACUCUGUUCUGCCAAUUAUACACGCAAAGAACUCAAACAAUGGAUCAAACAGCGACUUGCCAAUCUACCACCUCCUUCGUCCAUUCCCGACGCGCUCGAGUUCUUUAUGAAUGUUGCCGGUAUGGGCACGGCAGGCAACUUGACGGAACGAUUUCCCUCCCAACCCAAAAUGGCACACGAUCUCAAACACAUGGAAGGAGCUCCGGCGUUGCUCAAACACAUGGCACAGCUCGCCUUUUAUUCCAGAGCCGGAAAUGCCUCGCAGAUCUUUUUGCCACACAUGACCAAUGCUGAACUCUAUCAAAGACUCUUGCCAUGGGUAUACUGGACACGGGAUGUGGCACAAAUCAACAAUCCAAGAGAAGCCACCUUUGGAGCUGUUUGGGCGCGUGCCUUGGCGUUGAUAUUGGACCAGGGACAUCUUCAUCGUACGACAGAUGAGGAUGAGGAUGCAAACAGCCUAACCACGGUGACUAUUGUGGUGGGACACGACGGAGACUUGGAUGCCAUCGCCACAGCCUUGGGAGUGCGGUGGAAGGCUCCUCCGCCGUAUCAACCCCAGUCCGCCGAAUACCUCGUGACGCCACCCGUUUCGGGCAUUCAUGCCAAGCAUACGAUUCGUACUGGCAUUCCAAAUCGCAUGGACAUGAGUUUUCUCUGUCCCGUCUAUUCCAUGCUGGAAGAUGAUGAACAGGAUGAUGCUUGGGUUUGGAACUCGUCGGGGAUUUUGGAACAAUCACCCUUGAUAUGGCGUAACAGCAAGACUGCUGCUCGCUGGAAAACAAGCUCCGAUGGCGUGUCUACGUAUUUGGAGGGAGAAAAUGUGAUUGAUUCAUUACAGCAGCAAGUUCUCCAAACGCUAGCUCCCUACACGGGUGCCACGACAUGUUGGGAGGCAACGGAGAGCUUUCUUCUCCAACAAGAACAAACGCUACCGCCGUUGGGCUCUACUACUAGUAUGCUGGCAACUUCCUUGGCGAUUGUUGGAUGGAGUUUGCUUGGGCUUUGUGCUGCUGCUUGGUUCUGGACUCGGCGACGACUUGGGGGCAGCGCAUAUACAGGAAUCCAAAGUCACGAGGAUGAUGAUGAGGGGGAAGGGGUGUUUGAGGACAGUGCAAGCUCCAAAGUGAAUGGAAGCUUGCAACUUGCCGAAUUAAGCUAG